AUGAUACUAUCAUCCAUCAAGAGUGGUAUAAAGUUGAAAAGAUCGAGUAUAACUACAGUUCAAAAGUCAAUAAGAAGGUCAAUAACUGCAAACAUGAGCCACUCACCUCAAGUAAUCUGUUUGGGUAACCCAUUGCUUGACAUUCAAGCCGACGUCGAUGCUGCUUAUCUAGAGAAGUACGCCUUAAAGGCUAAUGAUGCUAUCUUAGUCGAUGCUAAUUCUGGUGAUAAACGUAUGGAAAUUUACGAAGAAGUGAUUAAGAAGCCAAAUGUUCAUUUCGUCGCUGGUGGUGCCGCUCAAAACACUGCAAGAGGUGCUGCUUAUGUCCUCGGUCCCCAAAAAGUUGGUUAUUUUGGUUCUGUAGGUCAAGAUACCUAUGCAGACAAGUUGCUUGCAGAGAACGAAACCGCUGGUGUCGCUUCAUUCUAUCAAGUUCAAAAAUCUGUUGGUACCGGUAAAUGUGCAGCUUUAAUCACCGGUCAUAACCGUUCUCUAGUGACCGAUUUGGGUGCGGCUAACCAUUUUACACCUGACCAUCUAGACGCUCACUGGGAUAAGGUGGAAGCAGCCAAAUUGUUUUACAUCGGUGGUUUCCAUUUAACUGUUUCACCAGAUGCCAUUUGCAAGUUGGGUAAACAUGCUCAAGAGAGCGGUAAGCCAUUUAUCCUCAACUUGAGUGCACCAUUCAUCCCACAGUUUUUCAAAUCUGCUCUAGACCAAGUUUUGCCUUACACUACCUAUGUGAUCGCUAACGAAUCCGAGGCUGCAUCCUAUGCAGAGUCGUAUGGUCUAACUUGCUCCAAGGAUGAUUUGGAAGCUAUUGCCAAGCACAUUGUGGGUGAUAGCACUCAAAGAACCGUUAUCUUUACUCAUGGUUUAGAGCCUACUGUCGUCGUUUCUAACCAAGGUACAAAGAGCGUUCCAGUUAAGCCAAUUGCUGGUGAGAAGAUUGUCGACACAAACGGUGCUGGUGAUGCAUUUGCGGGUGGUUUCCUAGCCGGUCUUGCUCAAGGCUUUGAUUUACUCAAAUCAAUCGAUUUGGGUCAAUGGCUUGCUGCUCUUUCUCUACAAGAAAUUGGUCCUUCUUUCCCAAAGACUAAGGUUCAAUACAACAACUGA